CAACAAUCAUAAAACAAGAAGAACGAGUAAGCCACUGAAACCGGAAAUGUCAAUUGACUGACUGCGAAGCGAAGUAGACUGCAUUAUUUCUAUAACUUACAUUACAUAAUGGAUUGCUAAUUUAAAUGAAGAAUCAGUCAUAAUAAACUAUCAAAGAGCAAACUGCCAUCAUGACAAAUGCGUACUCCCUCGAUGGUAUCCUGGUGUUUGGGCUACUGCUCAUCUGCACUUGUGCAUAUCUCAAAAAGGUGCCUCGCAUCAACAGCUGGCUGCUAUCAGAGAAGAAAGGAGUUUGGGGCGUCUUCUACAAAGCUGCGAUAAUCGGGACGCGGCUGCAUAUUGCUGUGGCGAUUUCGUGUUUGACCAUGGCUUUCUACAUUGUCUUCUUGAAAUGAUACAGACUGACUGAACUGGAAAGGACACAGGACGGGUGCAGGCUGGGGAUGGACUCAUCGCUGUGGCCAUGUGCUAAUCCUUGUUGGGUGACACCUUUUGGAUUACAUGGCCAUGAAAACCCCUUGGCCAUGUUGACCCCAAGGGAAAGACUAGCUAGUGCUGCCCCCUUCUGGUGACUGGGUACAUAACCGCUCCCUCGAUAAUGUGUGUGCAGUACAGACAUGAAGGGCAUCCGGAAUCUACUCCACAGGUGUCACAGAGGAGAGAGCCAGUUGGGUCCCUUUGUAUCAUUCAUUGUUGGGUAACGCUGUUGGUUGUCUCCAUCCACACCCCAUGAAUAUUUAUACUGAAGGAUGCAGAAAAUUGAAGGGCAUUGUGUGCAUUAUAUGUUAUACCUGUAUACAACCUAAAAUGGGUCUAGCUGUAUAUACUUUGGAAAAAGAUAUGACCAAUAGAGAUUUGCCAGAGAUUAAUUGAAAAUGAUCAAUUGUGCUUGCUCCCAUCUGUGCUGUUUUAUUUUCUGUGUCACCUGUAGUGUCAAGGGUGGAGGGGAACAUAAACAAAACUAAUAUAUAAAGACGUUCUUGGGUACACACUAUAUUUUACUUUCUUGUUUUGAAUCUGUUGCUUUUUCUCAACAUUGCUGGCAUCUUUUAAGCUUUGUUUUAGGUUUGAAAUACACAUUUUGCACAGGUGUAUGUUAUAUUUACUUUUACCUAUUACUAGAUUACAUGUUUAAAAUGUAAAGAAAUGAAACUGUAAGAUAUGUAGGACUCCAAGAACACACUGUAGAGUAUCACAGAGACAAGCAUAACUCUGAAAGAGGCUUAUAACAAUAUUGUGAAAUUGGAAAGUUAUCAGAUUUAUGGAGAUGUAAAUGCAAUGCCAAAUAGAGAUGGUGCUUCUUGUGCCCUCUUAAUUACAUACAUUUUAUUCUGAGUUUCAUUAUGCCACCUUAUUUUAUAUUUUUAAAGAUUCAACUGUUUUUGGAGGGGAUGCAAUUUUGAGUAAAAAUUAAUCAGACAA